AAACUUAUUAAAUAGGUAGUAGAAUGUCUCCAGCUAUAAGUUAGAAUGGCUUCACAGGGAUUCUCGAAAAGGAGGGGAAUUGAAAAUGGAUGGAAUUUAAAUCCGAAUUCAUUGGCAUUCCGAUAUUUUUUAACGAUAUCUGCAGCCUCGAUCUCCGAAACCGCCACAUAUCCACUGGACUUGAUCAAAACGCGUCUGCAAAUCCAGAAAUUGUCUGUUGCUUCCAAGACCCAUAAUCAUCCAAAAGCUCAUCUAAAUGCAGCUGGACCAAAGUAUCACGGAGUUGUUUCGAUUUUCAUGCAAAUUGUGAAGAAAGAGGGUUUGUUCAGACUGUGGUCGGGUCUUCCGCCUGCAGUGUAUAGACACAUGAUUUACUCCGGAUUUAGGAUAAUGACCUACGAGAAGUUUCGAGGACUUCUAGGCCAAAAUGAAGACGGAAGUUUUUCAAUCUGGAAAUCGUGUGUAGCUGGGUCAACAGCGGGAGCCCUUGGCCAAUUAAUUGCCAGUCCCAUGGAUCUGCUGAAGGUCCAGAUGCAGACUGAAGGAAUCAGAAGGCUAAAAGGCGAACCGGUGCGAUUUCGCAACAGCUUGCAUGCCAUGAGAGUGUUGCUUAGCGAGGGAGGUGUGCUUGGAUUGUGGAGGGGCUGGCUUCCUAACUGCCAAAGAGCUGCUUUAGUCAAUCUUGGAGAGCUAGCAACGUAUGACCAGGUGAAACGCAAACUGUUAAUUGACUUCUCGAUGAAAGACAAUGCUCUAACUCAUUCCUUAUCAAGUGCUGCAAGUGGUCUGGUGGCAGCUUUGGUGGGAACUCCUGCCGAUGUGAUCAAAACGAGAAUCAUGAACCAACCUGUAGACCAAAGUGGAAAACCCCUAGUGUACAAAGGCGUUGUAGACUGCCUGAGGAGAACAGUGGGAGAGGAAGGUGUGUUAGCCCUCUGGAAGGGAUUCGUGCCCAUCUGGUCUCGAAUGGCACCCUGGUCUCUCGUGUUCUGGAUCAGCUACGAGAAGAUCAGAUACUUUGCUGGCGUACCAUCUUUUUAGAACCAAACAAUUAUCUUGCCCGCUCACUCACAUUGCUAAUUUUUAGCUAAUUAUUUGGGCUCAUGGGCAUUCAAUACGUGCUCUCUUAGUAACCAAUGAAAACUGAAGACCAAAAACUGCUCUAAAGAGUUUGCAGACUUUAUUUAACUAUUUGUGCUUUACAUAUGUGCAGAUUUUAUCUAUUCUUUUUUAUUCAUUAUGCAAGAAUGUGUAUACUACAUAUGAAUUCAAUGUAGUUAGAUAGGGUAUAAUAAAGUCGAUAAUAUAGUUUUA